UUUUUUUUAUUUCUGCCAGAUUCUUUGAAUGCACAUAGAAUGUAUGCAGACAUUGCCAAGACUGAUUAUUCAGAAUGCGGACCAGCAAAUGCUACCCUCAGUCUACCCAAUAACUCACCACUCCAAUUAACAUAUGACAGCCCCAGGUAUAUGGACAGCCGUGAACAGGACGAUGUGUUUUUGACCCUGGAACAUGCAAAAGAGCAGUUUUUAUCAUUGCUACAAAAAAUGGAUAUUGAUGCUCUUGUUGCGUUUGAUAAAUGGUUGAAAAUGAUGCGGAUUAGUCGUAAUCCACUUACUGGUAAAGUGAUUUGUCGAGAGAAUGCUGUUGUUCAUAGCUCUGUCAACCCCCAGACUGCUGGUGCUGGUAACGAAGACAAUCUUUUACCUGAAGACCACAAAGAUCACACCGUGCCAACAAUUAGUGGAGUUUAUGGUUCCUUCCCCAACACCAAUAUUACCGUCAACAUCACACUGAGUCCGCAGGCCUUGAUGGGGCAGGGUCCCAUCACUGUAACGGCUAACACUGCUUCGUCAUCUCAUGAAGGUGGCGGUGGCAGUGGCACGCACAGGUCAUCUGGCGGCAACAAUGCUGCGGUCAGUGGGAGCAAUUCUUUGCCAAAUGGGAUUCGCUGUGCCACUUCAUCUUCUGCUACAACCACUACCAUUGAUCUUAGUCAAGCCGGACCAUCAACUUCAAGAAGCAGCACCAUUGCUGAAGAUAGAAUCCAUGCCUUGGCAAUUGGUAGCUUUUCACAUUCCAAAUCUCACAGUGCUCGUACUUCUCAGCCAGGCGUGAAAGUUGUAGGUACAAACUGUAGUAGUAGUAGUAGUAAUAGUACCAGCUAUGAGCACUCCAACCAACCUGCAUUCCCCAUUCAUUUGGUUCCGAAUAACGCUAGUUACGAUGGCAGUGGUAGCAGCAAAAAGAGUCGUUUGGACAUGACGGCUGUGUUGUCUGGACCGACUAACCUAACCAACUCCGGACAAGUUGAACACAAUCAAAGUACAGAACGGUCGCGCUUUAAGCGGAUUCUUCCCAAACCGAGCAACAAUUACCUACGCAACCCUUCAUCUGCUUCUCACCACGGCUUGGCAGCGAGCUCCACAUCUUCUUCUUCCUCUUCUUCUUCCUUUAGACACAGUACUGGCAGCAGUCAGAAUCGGUUGGCCUCAGCACCGUCGUCACUCAGCACUUCGGCCUUGACCGCAACCUCUUCCACGCAAAACCGCUACGUGUCCAUGCCUUCGAAAGACGGACAUUCUUCUUCGGAAAACUCGGUCAUCUUCAUAAAGCAGGACCCUGAUUGACUACAGAAGGCAGAUGUAUCCUCCAGUGACUGCUUCUCAUCUCACAGUGCCAUGACACUAUUUCACCAUAGUGUCCACCUACAGCAGUCACUUUAUCUCUCUAUACUAGUCAAUUAUUCUAGAGCACCACAUUCUCUUUGCUGGUUGAUUUUCUUUCUUCAAGUGGGGGACAUCAAUUAUUAUUAUCAUUAUUAUUAUUAUUAUCAUUAUUAUUAUUAUUAUUAUCAUUAUUAUUAUUACUACUAUCUUUAUUACUAUCAUUAUCAUUAUUAUUAUUAUUCAUUAUCGUUGCUAUUGGUUUUCAUUAUUUUCUUAUUCCAACAAUAUUUACAGAGUCUGGUUUCCCCAAAUUCUUCACAAGCUUCUCUAAUAUUCUCACAGAUUUUUUUUUUGUCUUUUCUAUUAAACGGAACGGAACAUCGAAGCUUUUCAGUGAAGAAUGGAAACUUUGUGAAAGAAAUGUGUCUUAGUCACCUUUUUUUUUAAUUUAUUAUUAUUAUUAUUAUUAUUAUUUGAAAUUUCAUUUUUACACAAUCUCUUUCUAUGAUUUUAUAUUGUCUUCAUAAAAUACCUGAGCACUUUAAGCUUUAUCUUCCUCCAAUCAGCAAAAAAAAAACAAAAAAGUGCUCCACAAUUUAAUUAAAUUUAAAUAUUUUUUUUUUUUGCAAAACGUUAUUAUAAUAGCAACAUAUGCCUUUUUUUUUCCAAAAGAAAAAAUAUCAUUCCAAAUUGUUUUUGUUUUUUUUUUUUACCUUUUUAUAUUCAAAAAUCGAGGAACUUGUUCCAAAUCUUGAGUAAAUGCCAAAAAUUGGGAACACUGACAAUUCCAUGGGUUUGUCUGUUCCGAUUUCUUUUUUUUUUUUACCAAACAAUGUGUACAUAGACCAACAACAUCUGCCUAGAUAUUAACACCUCGCCUAUGUAUAUCUCGGCACCUCUCUGUGUUCACCAUAUUCCUUAAAAUUAACUCAAUCUCAUAUAAACUACGUUCUUCUUAUAUUGUCUGUAACAAUAUUUUCCUUUACUUUCGUUCUGGUCACUGUCUUUUGCUGUUUUCGCCAUCUUUUUUUUAAAUAAUUUCGUUCAUAUUUUUAUUUAACUUAAAUGUUUCUUUUCCUUUUUUUCUUUUAAAUUUUUGUUGUUGUUAUUGUUGAUCAAUUUUUAAUAUUUAAACAACAUAGAAUAAUAUAUUAUUAUUAUUAUUAACAUUACUAUUAUCAUUACUAUUAUUAUUAUUAUUAAUAUCGCAGACACAUUCACUCCACUUGUAACUGUUAUUCCAAGUGGAAUCAGACUCCACUUUGGACCCAGUUCCAGUAAAAACUAAAUGCAUGCCAUUUUUAAGAUACAUACAUACAUAUAUCUAUAUACAUAUAUGCAUACACAUUCGCACAAAUAUUGUGGAUAUAUGUGUAAAUAUCUAUGUAUAUUUCUAUAUAUGUAUAUAUAUAUAUAUAAUAUGUAUGUCUGUGAAAAACUCUAAUGGCAACAGAACCAGUUGUGUAAGAAAGACGAGUCCUAGUUUGUGAAAGAGGGCUUAGAAUGGUUGUAAUUUAUAAUCCUUCCUCGUACCUUUUUUUUUUUAUUCUUUAUUCCUUGGUCUGUGCUAUUCACUGACCACUUUUCUGACCACUGUCACAUAUCUCUAAUCACCGAAUAGUAAUAAUAAGAACUAUUAUAUUUCUGUCACUGCGAACCCAUCACUCACCGCAACCAGCAGCUUAUACACGCGCACACACACACGUAAAUAUAUAUACACACAUAUACAUAUGGGUAUAUAUAUAUAUAUAUACACACAUAUACAUAUGGGUAUAUAUAUAUAUAUAUAUAUAUACACACACACACACACACAUACAUACAUGUACAUGUGUAUAUAUAUACAUACUCAUACAUAUUUACACAAGCAUACAUAUAUAUAUGUAUAUACACGCACAUUCACACACGUGUGUAAACACUCACAUACAUAUGUGUGUGUGUGUGUUUAUAUAAAUAUAUGUAUAUAAAUGCAUAUAUAUGUGAUCAUUAUAUGUGUGUGCACGCGCACAUGUAUGUGCAUAUAUAUAUAUAUAUAUAUAUAUAUAUAUAUAUAUAUAUAUGUAUGUAUACCAUUUCGAGCGUGGCCGUUUUCGUGCGGGUGACACGUAAAAGCACCCACUACACUCUCUGAGUGGUUGGCGUUAGGGAGGGCAUCCAGCUGUAGAAACUCUGCCAAAUCAGACUGGAGCCUGGUGUUGCCAUCCGGUUUCACCAGCCCUCAGUCAAAUCGUCCAACCCAUGCUAGCAUGGAAAGCGGACGUUAAACGAUGAUGAUGAUGAUACACUCACAUAUAUAUAUAUAUAUAUAUAUAUAUAUAUACACACACACACACAUAUAUAUAUGAUGGUUCUUGCUUUCAUAACACUGAUGCUAUAUUAAGGGAAUUUUAACAACAACAACUAUUAGCCUAAAUUAACUAACGAGUGCCUUUUAAAUUCACAACGUUGUUAUUUCCAGUUGACAUGUAGGACGAGUAGGUUUUCUUCUUCAUUCUCCUACAUGUGUGACUCUUCUGCCUACAUGUGUCUUUUUUUUGUCAAUUUUUCUACUACGUAUGUAGAACUUAAACUACUUAAGUACACUUUUUUUUUUAUAUAUAUAUACAUAUAUAUAUAUCCUCCGUUGUGGAUAGUUGUGAAUAUCAAAUAGCUGUCGAUUAUUUCUCUAGCUACCUUUAUCCCAUUUAUACAUACAUACGUAUAUAUAUAUACAUAUAUAUUGUAUCUCUUGUUUUGAAAAAAACAGAAAAAGGAAGAAAAAGACACAUACACACACACAAAAAAUAAAAGAGAUAAAAAAAAAACAACCAACCAACCAACUUUGCUACAUUUACUUUAAAUGUUUUUCCCUUCUUAUUCUACGAAAACAAAACAAAAAAAUAUAUACCAACCAAACAAGCAAAAAAAAAACCAGACAAAAUUAGCAAACAAACAAAAACCUUUGAAUUUACCAUCAACUUCACAAUUUUUAUUCAAAUUCACUGCAUUACUAUUAUUAUUAUUAAUUAUUAUUAUUAUUAUUAUUAUUAUUAUUAUUAUUAUCUACUCCCUCCUCACCAACUUCGCCUUUUGCUCUGCUAUGGGAUUGCUUUCUUCUUUUUCUUUCAGGUCGGCAAACAUCUUCUGCCUUCACUGAAUCAUAAAACAAUUUCUCUCUCUCCUCUCUCUCCUCUCUCUCUCUCUCUCAGCACCACAUUUUGGUCGGUGCUGCUCUCUUUCUCUCUCUCUCUCUCUCAUUUUGUUUACCAUUCUCUGGUUGUGAUGUACCCCUCACCCACCCAUCAAAAAUGAAACCACUGCGUCUUCACUCAAAUACCCUUUUUUUUUUCUGUAAAAAUGUUUGUAAAUGUUCUUCAUAUCAUGGAUUCCUAUCUCAAUAUUUACCAUCUCCAAGUGAUUUUCUAUGCCACUCCACUUAGAAAAUCACUUGGAUUGUCAACCUUUGAGACAAUAAUCACAGUUAAUUUGCUUGUUUUCCCCACUUUGUUCUCCCUGCUGGUCUGCUUCACCAUUCCAUGUCUUCUGUCUGUUUGGACCAGCAGUAUGUCUUACUAAACACUGCUACCAGUAUAUGGCAACAGAUAUUAAAAUGUUUAACAGUUGUAAUUUCUCUUCAUUAUUAUUAUUAUUAUUAUUAUUUUAGGUAACGAGCUGGCACAGUCGUUAGCAUGCCGGGCGAAAUGCUUAGUGGUAUUUUUGUCAGUCGCUAUGUUCUGAGUUCAAAUUCCGCCGAGGUCGACUUUGCCUUUCCUCCUUUUGGGGUUGAUAAAUUAAGUACCAGUUGAACACUGGGGUCGAUGUAAUUGGCUCGUCCCCUCCCCCAAAAUUACUGCCCUUGUGGAAAAAAUUUGAAACCAUUAUCAUCAUUAUUAUUAUUAUUAUUAAGGUGGCAGGCUGGUGGAACCGUUAGCAUGCCAGGCAAAAUGCUUAACAGUAUUUCGUUCUGAGUUCAAAUUCCACUGAGCUUUACCUUUCAUCCUUUUGGGAUUGAUAAAUUAAGUACUGAUGAAAUACUGGGGGAGAGGGGGUGUCGAUGUAAUCGACUUGCCCCCUCCCUUCAAAUUUCAGGCAUUGUGCCUAUAGUAGAAAGGAUUAUUAGUUAUUAAUAGGAUAUUGCAGACAGAUAUUGUGUUGUUUUAACAACCCCAGGAUCAAAGGGGUCUCUUUUGAUUCUUUCAUCAGCUAUGGUCUUUAGGGCUCUUUUUUUAGGGUCCUUGUAGUUUCUAGUAAUAUAGUUUCCUGUCAGAGUUUAUUACUAUUAUUAUUAUUAUUAUUAUUAUUAUUAUUAUUAUUAUUAUAUGGAAGUGUGUAUGUGCUUGUGAGAGUUUCAGAUGAAUGUUUUCACCACUCGUUAGAGAAGAGCUGUUUCUGUUUGUGGUUUGUUUGUGAAAAGUCAGGUUUUUGCAAACCAUUCUUUUGCUAAAUUCCAUUUUGGAAUUUGAAUUUAUUUAUUAGAUUUCAUAAUUUGCCAAAAAUGACUCCCAUCCGGGGGUUUAUUUAAUGAUAAAGCGAAGAGAGCUUUCGGUGAGAUUUCAACGACAUGAUUGAAUGACAUUGUGGGGUCGGUGUGAGAGGUCAGAUCUGGCCAAUAAAAUACCAAAUUAAUAUUUUAUUUUGAAAAAUUUAUGCAAAACACAAAGAGGAAAAAAAAUUAAAACCUGUUGAUCUUUAUUUUGGUAGAAGAGAAAUUUUAUUCUUAAAUCUCAACUUUUUUCUAUUUUCUAAAUGUUUAGACCAGUUGAAAUGACAGAAUAUUCUACAGAAUUGGUUAGGAUUGCUUCUUUUAGAGUCUUUGUUUAUACCAGUAUCUCUAUGUUAAAAGUGGGCCCUGGACUCUUAUAUAAUAUAUAUAUAUCUGGUGGUGGGGGUACUGGGGUGAGGGAUUUAUUCAUUGCAGACUGAGUUAGUAGAUAAGACAACAGUCGGAACGAACUUGUUUAAUUACACUGAGAUAAAUCUCGUUAAUUAAUUAGUAGUCAAUUUGUUUAAGUGUAGUGUUUUUAAUUAGCUGACUAAAGCUUUAGUUAAUUAGACACAUGAUUGAGUAUUUCACUUUAAUAAAUUAAUCCAAUCAUUUUCACUUUUCAAUCUCUGUUGAGAUCUUGGAUCUGUUUAGGGAACAUUCUGGUCCAGGAUGUAGACUUAGACAAAGAUUUUGUUUUCUUUUUUUUUUUAAUGGUAGUCUCAUUAAUUGUCAGAUAUUCAAGUCUUCCCUCUACAUAUAAUGAAUAUUGCCCAAGAGAAAGUUGAAAGCAUCGUUGCAUGCUUUGUUUAUAGAAUUCCAAGAACUAGAACAGAUGCCAAAGAGCAUCUCACCUGAUGCUCUAGUAAUUAUACCAACCCUCCGCACUUAGGCAUAGCACUGCAUUUAUUCACCCCAGAAAGGAAUAAAAGCAAAAGUGACCUUUGCUGGAAUUGAACUCAGUGUGCCCUUUUGUUACCAUAUUCCUUUUGGAAUACACUGCCUUCCUUCCAGUCAGUUUUGGAAUGAAGAAUUUAGUAAAAUAACAUCCUUGAUAAGCUGAUGUUUAGAAUAUGAACCAACACGAAAUUCUAAUAGAAGCCUUUAGUUUAAAACAAGGUGUUUAUAUCACAGAUCCAAGAGCAGCGGUGGGUAUUAAAAGGGUUAAACUUUAUCCUAUAUAUAUUUCUUUUGCCUUGAUAAAAUGUGAUCAACAGUGAUUAUGUGUAAGACUUCUCUCCAUAGUUCAUUUAAUAGAAGCUAGACCUUAUGAAUGCCAUUUCCCCCUUUUUUUUCCCUAUUUUUAUAAAAUUACUCUUUCGUCCCUCAAUAACCUUUUAGCAUCCAUAUUACUCUGUCAAAUGUAAUGCUUAUUUAUUCCACAUUGUUUUGAAUUAAUCUUGCAUUAUCUUGUAGCUUUGAGAUUUUGACGAUGUGAUUGUCUAUUUUUAGAAUAACAUUGUAGGGUAACUGUAAGAGGCCAGAUAUGGUUAGUUCACAUGCUAAAGAGUUAAAUUGUUAAAACCCAUUUCUGCAACAUUAAUUAAUGUCAGAAAUAAUUACUUAAUUGUUCUUAUUUUAUAUUUUAAAUCUAAUAGCAAAAUUUUUUUUUAUGCCUUGCUUGCAAUCUUCUCUGUUUAGAGGUCUUCUGUGUAUUUUGCAGUUAAGUGAUUGUCUCUAGGUAGGGAGAGUUGGUAGGCAGGUGGAUCUAAUGAUGGUUUGGAAGUUGGCUAGUUCAGUGAUAAUAUCUUUUAUACAGAAUUGUAAAAUAUGUGACCAGGAUUCUGUAAGAUUCUCAUGUAGAAUUCUUCUAGAAUGGUGAAUAAUAUAUACAAGUGCAUGUGUGUGUGUGUGUAUGUAUAUAUAUAUAUAUAUAGUUGUAUGUUGUAUAUUUAAAGAUGGGGUAUUUUUAUGCAAAUUAAAAUAGGUUUCAUUUCACUCUAUGGCAUAAAUGCCUUGUCUUUGGGUGGGGUGAAUGUAGGUAGCAAUGUGAAAUGGAAUAAUGGAAUGGUUUGACUUGGAAUGGAAACCAUUUCUCAGCUUGUCUCAUUGAGAGAAUUUUUACAUAAUACCAAACACCAAAAAUUUGGUUUCAUUUGUGUGUAAUAUCUCUAUCUAUCUAUCUAUCUAUCUAUCUAUCUAUCUAUCAACCUAUCUAUCUAUCUAUCUAUCUAUCAAACCUUCACACUUUGUAUAUAGAUUUGUACGUAUGUGUGUAUAUAUACAUAUAUAUAUCUCCGUUUGUAUACAUACACACACAUACAUGUAUUUAUACUUUCUACAAACAUUCCUUGUAUUUCCAAUGUUUUUGUUACAUGAAACAAUUUUAAUUCUUAACUUGGAACUAUCUUAAAGACAAUCUUUCCAAGAAUAGAUUGCUGAAUUCUGUAAGAAAAUAAAAAUAGUCGCUUUACACAUGCACGCGCAGCAGAUGUGUGCGUGUAAAGAAUUGUGUGUUUACUUCAUUUAUGUAAUUAACAGGAAGAAACUAAUUGAGAAAUUCUAUGGGUAAAAUUUUUUAUCAAGUCAGGAUGGUUGUUAAAAUUGCAAACAUUGGGCCUUUGAACCUGUUAUGGUAUGUGUGUAGGUAUGUAUGUGUGUCUGUGUGUGUGUGUAUAUAUAUAUAUAUAUAUAUAUAUAUAUAUAUAUAUACACACAGGUUGUUCAAAAAGUCUCUCCGCAGUAAGUAUUUAAUAGAAUUCGGGUGAUUCUUGUACCCUGAUCCUUUACUUGCUCCGCAGAAAAAAAAAGUCUGGCGGUGUUAAAUCAGGUGAUCUUGGUGGCCAAAGUCCCUUUGAAAUAAUCCGUUCACCGAAAAACUUUUGAAGUAGCGCCAUGGUGAUGCACAGGAUGAAAAAAAUUCACUGCUGAGAAACUUUUUGAAUACCCUAUAUAUGUAUAUGUGUAUAUACAUACAUACAUACAUAUAUAUAUAUACACGCACACUUUAUUUGUGGGUUAACAAGGCAACCAAUGGUUUCAUGUGAAGAGGUCUUCACAAUUGUUUAAGCAUACCACAUGGAAGUGUUGGUAUUCCUUUCCGUUUUGGCUGGGGAUACCAUUGAUAGCCCUGUUAAUCCACAAAUACAGAAUAUUUAUCCACCAAUUUCAGUGUUAAGCACUCAUUCUCGGUAUUGAAUAUUAGCAUAUAUUCACACAUACGUAUGUAUGUAUCUACUAGGAUUUAUCGAAUGCCAUUAUGUGUCUGCCCAUAUUCUCUACAUGGACUACAAUUAUUCCAAUUAUUGUUGUUAAUAAUAUUGUACAUACUCGAAACACUGAGCCAGGUUGUUAUUACAAAUCCUGUCUCAAAUUUGAACACAUUCUAAAAACAAAUUUUUUUUUUUUUGUAAAUCUUUUCUUUUUUUUUUUCUGCUCUUAUGCCACAAUGGUUUGGUAUGGUAUGUCUUUGAAGCAACCAGUUCCUCAUAACACUGGCAGGUCUUACUGGAAAAAAAAAAGUGCCAACUUUAUUUUCUCAUCACAACAUCUCAAAGAACUUUGGUCUUCAAUGUCUCACCCCACUCCCCAUUUUUUUGCGAUAAAUUUUUAUUCUUUUCCUUUUUUUUUCCUCCAUCUCUGCAAAAGUAAAUCCGAUUCUUUAUUUCUCAUAAUCUCACUCGUUUCCUACUUUCUCUGUCUCUUCGAUUCUCUUAUAGUGAUCCUCCACUCCAAUUCCUCCACGUCUUUAGAUAUAUGGUUCACAGGUUCUCAUAGAAUUUCUAGCUACCGUUCUGUAGCAGAAGAUAUCAACCUUGUUCUUCUGCUUUCAAUAUUUACCAACAAAAACUGUUUUAAAUAUAAAAGGAAUUUUUUUUUCUGUUUUCUUUUUGAGAAUAUUUACAAUUUUCUCUCACUAACCUAAGAAUUUAAUUUGCCAUUAGUGCAUUUACUCGCAGGAAUCUGGUUCUGUAUUUAGUUGAUGUUAUUCAAGAACUGGUUCCUGUGCAGUGGUCUUUGCUGAUCACGUGACACUGGUUACUUCCUCCAUCAAUUGUCACUGCUACGGUUGUGCUUAAACACAAAAACAAAUUGAACAACUUUCAGUUUAAAUAAUAGUUUGUUGUUUCUGGAAAAAAACACUGAAUAUUUUCCAAAUUACGUGGUUAUGUUAAUAUUAAAAAAAAAAGAAAAUUAUAUAUAUGUAUAGUAUAUAUAUAUACGUGCCUUAUUUUUUUAACAAUAACCCCCACCCCUUUCCCUCCUAUUCUUCUCAUCAUCUUGAGAAUACAAAAUGAAUGUUUGAAACAUUUAUUUCUCCGACUUCCUGAGUCUUCUUUGACUCUUAUUUAAUCACAGUUUGGAAACAUUUAAAAAUCCUCAAGGACUUUCAAAAAAAAAACCUGUUGAAUAAUUCUUCCUCGUCUUUGAUUAAACCUUCUCUCUUUGUCUCUCUCCCUCUAUUAUCUUCUUUCUUUUUUUUUUUUUUUUGGCAGUUUGGACAACCCUUUCUCUCUGUCUUUCUCUUUCACAGCCUUCUUCCUGGCACAUGCUUUCUUCUAUAAUUUCAAUGUGUUUACUUACCUAGAUUUUGAACUCACUACCUUUUAGUUUAUAUAACUGCUGUACUAUCAACUCUUCUUGUACAAACACUCUUUCCUUGCAUUUUUUUUUUUACGUUCUUAAUUUUGUUUUCUUGUUUCCUUCUCUUUUUGAAAUUCUCAAAAUUUUUGAUUUCCUAAUGAAAUUUUAAAACCAGUGAAAAAAACUUUGAAAUUCUUUAAAUGAAAAAAAAAAAAAAAAACACAUUUGACAGAAAGACAAAAUUCUGCUAAAAACUGGACCCAUUUCCCCCUAAGUUUUUUCUUUUAUUUUUUUCCCUCUUGUUCAACCCCUUUUUCCACCCCCACCCUUCAUACAUUUGCAUCCGCCUCUUUUAUGCUAGUAAGAAUGAGAAAACAUCAUCAAAUAUGUGUUGUUAUUUUUUUUUCCCCCUUUUUAUUUAUGAAACAUGGCAAGUGUGAUGUUUAUAUUAACACAAUAUACUUUUGCAAUUUUAAUGUACACACGUCUCCGCCAAACGACGAAGACCAUUUUUUCGAGAGCCAUUCCUAGUCUUUAAGACUAAUGCUUUUAACACUUAAUUUAUUCUAAACAGGGACUUCUAUUUUUCUCUUUAUUAAGGGUUCACUUUACCUUUCAACCCUUGCCAGGGUUGGUAAAAAUAAAGUACCAGUCACAUACUGGGAUCAAGGAUGUUUGACUAUCCUCCUUCCUUCAAAUUUACUGGCCUUGUAUCUAAAUCAGAAACAAUUAUUAUUAUUAUUAUCAAUAUUAUUAUUGUAUUAUUAAUAUUAUUAUAAUUAUUAUUAUCUUAUUAUUAUUAAUAUUAUUAUUUUGGUAGGUGGGUGUAUAGUAAUUUGUUGCCUUGUUUAAUCUAAAUAAUUUAUUUGGUAAUUUAUUACCAAACAGUGAUUUUUUAAAAUUGUUUUUUUUAAAAAGUACUCUAGUGAUUCUUUCCCUCAUGAAACCAAACUCUCUCUCUCUUUCUCCUUCCCUGUCUUCUUAUCCCAGAGUAUUGUAAGUUUGAAUUCAGAAAGACAAUCUGUUAGUCACCAUUUACAAUCUUUCAUUUUAUGUAUUUAUCAUUGUUCCCUUAGCAAAAACAUUUAAUUGCCCCAUUUCCUUCAUUUUUUUUUUAAGGUAUUAUUAUUAUUAUUAUCAUUAUUAUUAUUAUAAAGGUGGUAGAUUGGCAGAAUCGUUAGCGAAAUGCUUAGUGACAUUCCAUCUGUCUUUACAUUCUAAGUUCAAAUUUUGCCGAGGUCGACUUUGCCUUUCAUCCUUUCGGGGCCGAUGAAUUGAGUACCAGUUGCGUACUGGGGUUAAUUUAAUUGACUGGUCCCCUCCCCCAAAAUUUCAGGCCUUGUGCCUAUAGUGGAAAAGGUUAUUGUUGUCAUUAUUAUUAUUAUUAUUAUUAUUAUUAAGAGAAUGAGCUGGCAGAAUCGUUUGCAUUCUGGACCAAAUGCUUAGCAGCAUUUUGCUCAUCUUUACAUUCUGAGUUCAAAUCCCGCUAAGAGCAACUUUGCCUUUCAUCAUUUUAAGGUGAAUGUGACUGACGAUCCCCAACUUACCCAAAAAUUGCUGGCCUUGAGCCAAAAUUAGAACAAAUUAUUAUUAUUAUUAUUAUCAUUAUUAUUAAUUAUGGGUUGUGAUUUGUUAGAAUUGUUGGAGCAUUGGACAAAAUAUUUUUUGGUAUUCCAGUUCUCUCUGUUCUGAUUAAAGGCAGUGAGCUGGCAGAACUGUUGGCACCUGGGAGAAAAUACCUUGUAGUAUUUCUUCCAACCCCUUAAUGUUUUGAAUUCAUCCCACUGGGAUUCUAUUUUGCCUUUCAUCCUUUCCGGGUCGACAAAAUUAAGUAUAAGUCUUGCACUGGGAGGUGGGGUGAGGGGGCAAUGUAAUGAACUAAACCCCUCCCUCUAUAAUUGCUGGCCUUGUACCAAAAUUAGAGCAAAUUAUUAUUAUUAUUAUUAUCAGAUUUUCAGGCCUUGUGCCUAUAGAAGAAAUGAUUAUAUGGAACUUUAUAGAAAUAUAACAGAAACUAUAAUAAUAAUAAUAAUAAUGGUGGUGAUGAUGUUUAUGGUAAAAUAAAAACAGACAUCAUUAAUGUUUAAUUUCUUUACACUGUACUUUCCUUAUAAACAAUAUGGUUUAUUAACACCAUUAACUAAUUAGUUUUGUUAAUUAAUCUACAUUUAGUAACUUACAUUUAUUAACAUUUAUCUAGGUUUUCAAUCAAAUGUUACAUUUUAACUGCUCACCCCCACCCGCCUUUCUAUUAAUAAUUAACAGUUGUAAUUAUAUCAAGUGAUUGGGACAUCAUUAAAAAAUUCCUCAAUAUCAGAGGUCUUUUCUUGUCCCUUUUCUCCAGGCCCUUUUCUUAUGAGGAUUUGAGCUCUGGCGCCUUCCACUCAUAGUUGUGAACUGUCCCCACUGACGUUCAUAUUCGGUGUAACUCUGGUAACGAGGGGUCAAGCCUUCAAACUGGUAGUCUCUGAAGUGUAACACAAUUGGUAAAAACUACUAAUGGAACCAGCAUGCCAUUCUUUUGUUCUUUCUCUGUCUGUGAUUCUAAUGAUAUCAAGGGAACCAUUCCUCUGCAAUCUGAGUGAUAUCUCUUUUGAAAUGCCAUAAAAUUUCAAUGAUUUUUUUUUAAACGUUGUGAGUUUUAUAUCUACUUAAAAUCCUAUUUGUUAGCCCCCCCCCACCUUCUCUCAACCAAUAGUUUGCUAUUAACUUCCAAACCACAAUGUCUGUGAAUAUAUAUAUAUAUAUAUCUAUAUAUAUAUGUAUUUAUACACAAAAUUAUAUAAAGUGUAAAAAUUUUUGUUUUUACAAAGAGAAUGUUAAUGUUGAUUUUGAAGGUUUGGCGUACUAGCUCUCAACUAAUUUACAUAGUCUGAUGACGGCUAGAGAGCCAAAACUUCGAAGUCACUGUCAGCUUUUCUUGUAAAUAUAAAAUAUGGUACUAUACCGAAAGGAAUUACGUGAUCCUUCAAUUUAAUGUUUGAGCAAGUAUGUAUGUGUGUGUAUAUAAAUGAGUGUGCAUGUAUGUGUAUAUUCAUAUGCGCACACUGGGAUUGUAUGUAUAAAACAGGUUUUUGUCAGCAGGCACAUUUUUCAAUGUAGUUACGUACGCACAACAUUUUGAAUUUAAUUAAUUUUUUUUUCUCACUGCAGUUUUUUCAUCAGUAGAUAUUUACUGAAGGACAUCACACCGUUAUCACUACAUGCAACCAGAGUUAUUGUCGGUCAGUCUCCAGGACAAAGACAACCAAUAGAGAAAUAUAUGUAAAAAAGAAAACGAAACAAAAAAAAAACUGGAGAAAAUUAAAAAUAAAACAUUA